AUGACGGACUGGGAGGAGGACCAGGCUCAGCCAGAGGAACUGAGGUCUGUGUCCUGGCAGAGCGAGAGCGUCAUGUUUUCAGUCUCCAGAGAGAAGAUCUAUCUUUCAGGCAAGGUGUUUGUCUUCCCUAGAAGCGGUGUAAGUGGCAGAAGUGAUUAUAUGAAACUACACACAACUAAAACCACACUCAACUCUGCAACUGUCUGUUUCAGAUUCAUCACAGAUAUCACCCAGGGCUACAGCCUCUUCUCUUUGUCUACUCCCAUGCACAAAAACGCCUUUCUUCUGUAUAAACCCAAAGAUGAUGUCAUCAAGGUGCAUGUUAACGACUUGACCACAGACUUCCUGUCCUUGCCGUCUCCCCCAAACACCUGGCACAGCAUGUGUACUACCUGGAGCUCUAACAACGGACUUUCUCAGUUGUUUGUGAACGGCAAGCUGACCAUCAAGAGAUUCGUAUCGUUUAAGAAGCCCAUCACUGGAGUACCCAGCAUCAUCCUGGGCCAAGAGCAGGAUGAAUAUGGUGGGGGUUUUGAUGCAAAACAGGCUUUCACUGGGAUGAUUUCUAAAGUCCACAUGUGGGAUUAUGUCCUCUCAACCACUGAGCUCCGAGCCUACGAGAAGGGUGAAAACUUCACACCAGGGAAUGUGCUCAACUGGAGAGCCCUGGAUUUUGAUCCAUCAGGACUGGCUUCGGUGGAUGAAGAUCCUGAAUAUGUUGUAAAAUGCCCUUAAAUA